AAAACCUGGUUUGACAACAAUUGCAAAAAGUCAUCCAAGGAAGCUAGAAGGGAGAGGCUUUUGAAAAGAAAGAUGUGGGAGCACAAAAUCAAGGCAAGCAAAAACAAGUCAAAAGGCGGGGAAAAAAACAAGAAUCAGAAUAAAUCGGCACAGGAAAGUAAAGUGAAAAAAGAGAAGGCUCUUUCUCAAUUAGAUGAGAUCCAGGUGCAAGCAGCUGUUGCAGGUGUCCGAAAAUUGUGCAACAAAUUAUUGGCUGAAUCUAAAGAAUUGUUAGAAGUAGACAGUGAUCAGCACAUUUGCCUGCAAGUCAGUUUAUGCAAAGUGCCCAAAAAUAAAGAUAAACGAUCACCAUUGACCAUCAAAAUACCCUUGCCACAUCCUAUAUUGGGUGAAGACACAGAUGUCUUGCUCAUAACCAGAAUGCUUGACUGUGAACGUGGGCCUGACUAUGAGAAAACACUCAACCACUUCAAAGAGUUACUCAUACAAAAGGAAGCAGCACAUUACAUUACAGAAGUUAUAACUCUGAAGCAAUUAAGAAUGGAAUAUAAAGAAUUUGAAGCUAAAAGAAAUCUAGCGAAUCGGUUCCAGGUGGUCCUCGGUCAAGAUUGCAUUAUGGAACUCCUGCCAAAGUUACUGGGAAAACAUUUUUAUGCCAGAAAUAAGUUACCAAUUGCAGUAAAUUUGAAUUCAAAACACCUUAAGGGUGUAAUAGAGAAUGCUGUCAAUCAGACACUUCUUCAUUUCAACAUGAAGGGAAAUUGCUCUCAAGUCAAGGUUGGUCGUCUUAGUCAAAAUGAUGAACAGAUAACUGAGAACAUUUUGAAAGCUGUUGGGAAGAUUAUGCACCGGAUCCCUGGAGGCUGGAACAAUAUUCAGACCCUUUCCUUGAAGGGUCUUAAAACAAAAUCUGUACCACUCUAUGUUAAGACCACAACCUUUGAUGAGAAGAUCAAACUGCCAGAGAAGGAAGGCGAAUCAACAGCUCUAGGUACCUUAACUACACUCAACAAAGGAAAGCUUGUCUAUGUCAAGAAAGAUGGCAAUAUUAAAAUCAAGUGGAAAUACUAACCAUCUUUAAAGUAGAAAAGGUUGAGAAAACUGAGAAGAGUUAUCAAAAUGAAUAUUAUGAAGAAACAAGAGAAAGAAGGUACGGGAUAGGUACUAGAAGAAGCAAUAUAUUCUAUUGGUGAAACUUUGAGCCCAAAUUAUGCUUGUUUUAGAACAGGAUUAGUGAUACUCUUUUGUGAAAGUAUUGCUAAUCAUAAGGAAUUUAUAUGAUUUAUAAGUUAUUGGUACAAAAUUUUAUUAUUAUCAAUGUUCAUAAAGCAUAUUACUUUAAUCUUUUGAAUUGUACUAGGCAUUUUUUGUUUGUGGGUAUUCAGAUGAAGAACAGCUGUUAAAUGAGAGAACUAGAAAAUAUUACAUCAUAAAGUUUGAAUUAGUUGUUCCUACCAUUGUUAUUUUUUGUCAUUUGGAUUCUAUAUUUGGGUUUUGAAUAUAAUGUACAAUUGAGUGGCAGAAGCUCUAAAACACUGCUAAGAUUA